AUGUCAUCACAUCACAACACCCAGAUAUGGUCUUUGAUUCAAACGCUCCCCGAGGAUCUCCAUGUCUUUCUUGACGAAGAUUAUGAAUUACAAUAUAAAAAGAUCUUGAAGGCCCAAUUUUAUCGAAUUUUAGUUCACUUCAACCCGAAGACAAAGUCUCGUAUAUCUCACCUCAAAGCUGAUCUUAAUGCUGCCUUCAAGAAAGAAUUACGCCCACAACUUUCAGACUUCUUGAUUCCUCGCCCUCCUCCUGCCAUGGAAACGGAUCAAGAUGACAAAAACCUUGACUUCAAUCCUCUGGGCCGAAAAACCACCCGAAAGAUGCUGUUGGACGCCAUCAAACGCAAAGCUCCCAACGCUCCCGUACCUACAAACGCUAGGCGCAAUGGAUUGCUUUUACUAUACAAAGAGCAUGUUGAUAAGGACCUGGUGAUCCCCGGUCAAACUGAAACCAUCCGAAAACCUGGAGUUUUGAAAGCGAAUGCGGUCAGUGGCGAGGACUCAGAAGAGCUUCGACUUGCCUUACAAUGCUACGCGCCUCAAGUAUUUGUGCAUUCAAUCCCCAUGACUCAUCAGGUUCUUGUGGAUUGUUAUCUACAAUUCAUCCUGGCAGCAAAAUUGGAGCCUGGAGCCUUGAUUGCCGGGUUUCAUUACUCGAUCAUAUCCUAG